AUGAAGUUCAUGAUUGAGGAUCUGCCAGUCCUCUUUCCGUAUCCCAGGAUCUAUCCCGAGCAGUAUGCCUACAUGUGCGAUCUCAAACGCACUCUGGACGCAGGCGGCCACUGCGUACUGGAGAUGCCUUCAGGGACCGGCAAGACUGUGUCACUACUCUCACUCAUCGUUGCGUACCAGCAAUUCUACCCUGAGCACCGGAAACUCAUCUACUGCUCUCGUACCAUGUCUGAGAUCGAGAAAGCGUUGGCUGAACUGAAAGCAUUGAUGAAAUAUCGUGCCGAUCAGCUAGGCGAGGUCGAGGACUUCCGGGGUCUAGGUCUGACGAGUCGGAAGAACUUGUGCUUGCAUCCGUCUGUGAAGCGGGAGAAGAGUGGUUCCGUGGUCGAUGCGAGAUGUCGGAGUCUCACUGCUGGCUUCGUCAAGGAGCAGAAAGAUCGAGGCGAAGACGUUGAUCUUUGCAUCUACCACGACAACCUUGAUCUGCUUGAGCCUCACAAUUUGAUACCACCUGGUGUAUGGACGCUGGAUGGCAUGCUACGAUAUGGAGAGCAGCAGAAACAGUGUCCGUACUUUACCGCGAGAAGGAUGAUGCCCUUUUGCAACGUCAUUAUCUACUCUUACCAUUAUCUGCUCGAUCCAAAGAUUGCCGAACGGGUGUCAAGGGAGCUGUCGAAAGACUGCAUCGUCGUGUUCGAUGAGGCGCACAACAUUGAUAACGUUUGCAUCGAAUCGUUAAGUAUUGACCUUACAGAAGAGUCGUUGCGGCGAGCUGGUCGUGGAGCUGCAAACCUCGAGCGCAAGAUCACCGAGAUGAAAGACACCGAUGCUCAGAAGCUACAGAACGAGUACGCCAAACUUGUGGAGGGCCUGCGAGAUGCCGAUCAAGCGAGAGACGAGGAAGCGUUCAUGUCAAAUCCCGCCCUGCCUGAUGAUCUGCUGAAAGAAGCAAUUCCUGGCAACAUUCGACGGGCAGAGCACUUCACGGCAUUCCUGAAACGAUUUAUCGAAUAUCUAAAGACUAGGAUGAAAGUCCUGCAUGUCAUUUCAGAGACACCGCCAUCCUUCUUGGCGCAUCUGAAAGAGCUUACCUUUAUUGAAAAGAAGCCACUAAGAUUCUGCGCUGAGCGACUAACAUCGCUCGUGCGCACGCUGGAGUUGACAAAUAUUGAGGACUACCAACCACUUCAAGAAGUAGCAUCUUUUGCAACGUUAGUGGCAACCUACGAGACUGGCUUCCUCCUCAUUCUCGAGCCCUUCGAGUCUGACACUGCGAGUGUUGCAAACCCGGUGCUACAUUUCACAUGUCUCGACGCCGCGAUCGCGAUCAAGCCUGUGUUCGACCGCUUCAGCUCCGUCAUCAUCACUUCUGGCACGAUCUCACCGCUGGAAAUGUAUCCCAAGAUGCUAGGCUUCAACUGCGUUGUACAGGAGUCAUAUGCUAUGACGCUUGCUCGCCGCUCGUUCAUGCCCAUGAUCGUCACAAGAGGUUCGGAUCAAAGUCAGAUGUCCACGGGCUUCCAGACUCGUGAUGAUCCGCAGGUCGUGCGGAAUUAUGGCAAUCUCCUGAUCGAGUUCUCCAAGCUUACACCAGAUGGUAUCGUGGUCUUCUUCCCGUCAUACUUGUACAUGGAACGAGUGAUCUCGGCCUGGCAAUCGAUGGGGAUCCUUGACUCGGUAUGGAAGAGCAAGCUGAUUCUGGUUGAAACGCCUGAUAGCCAAGAAACAUCCCUUGCUCUUGAAACAUACCGUACAGCCUGCAGUAACGGUAGAGGUGCGAUGCUGCUGUGUGUGGCACGUGGCAAGGUUUCCGAAGGUAUCGAUUUCGACCACCACUACGGCCGGACGGUGCUGUGUAUAGGUGUACCGUUUCAGUACACUGAGUCUCGGAUUCUGAAAGCCCGCCUAGAGUUCUUGAGAGAGACAUACCGCAUUCGGGAAAACGAUUUCUUGUCCUUCGACGCCAUGCGACAUUGUGCUCAGUGCUUAGGCCGAGUCCUUCGAGGCAAAGACGACUAUGGGAUAAUGGUCAUGGCCGAUAAGCGUUUCGCCAAGAAGCGAUCCCAGCUUCCAAAAUGGAUAUCCUCAGCCCUGCUCGAGUCCGACUCGCAGAUGAGUGUCGAUCAAGCCGUGGCGUCGGCGAAGAAGUUCCUGAAGACCAUGAGUAAGCCUUUUCCUGCGAAGAUGCAGGAGGGUAUUUCGACGUGGAGUUAUGAGGAUCUGAGGAAGCAUCAGAAGAAGAUGGAGGCCGAGAAGCCCAGAAUGGAUGAGGAUGGUGAGGAGAUAUCGUAUGGACAGAGGGUGUUGGCUCAGGCGAGAGAAAUGGAAGAUGAGAUGGAUGUUGAUGAGGAUAUGGAUGCUGCAAUGAUGGAAGUUGAAGUUGGGCGAUAG